UUGAGCGCGUCGUGGUGGGCAUUGAAAUCCAUGCGCAGGUGCAAAAGCUAAAGAAAUCAAGCUAGUUUUCUCUACGAAGUUUUUCCUUUUAGUAUUUUUGUUAUUAUUUCUGAGUUCAACGCAACGCGUCGUUUCUUUCCUCAGCUUGACAUCCCCCUGCAACCGGAGGAAUGUGGACACCGAGCGCUUUAAAAAUAGCAUCCUUGCCCCUGACAGCCCUGCUCUGGUGAGUCUCGUUGCAUUGUGCCGCGAGGAGCAGGAAUGCGAAGAUGGCUGCAGAUCUCGGAGAGCUGCUGGUCCCGUUCAUGCCAACCAUCAGAGUCCCCAAAACAGGAGACAGGGUUUUCAAGAGCGAAUGUGCCUUUUCCUACGAUUCUCCAGAAUCCGAGGGGGGCCUGUAUGUGUGCAUGAACACGUUCCUUGGGUUCGGGAGAGAACAUGUGGAAAGGCAUUACCGCAAAACGGGACAGAGCGUUUACAUGCACCUUAAAAGACACGUGAAAGAGAAAAAGACAGGUGCCACAAGUGGUGCCUUCCCCAAGAGACGGAACGGAAAAGUGUUUCUGGAUCUGGAGCUCAACCGGGAUUUUAACAGUGAGGACUAUGACUUUGAGGAUGAGGCCAAGCUCGUCAUAUUCCCAGACCACUUCGAGAUCGCCCUACCCAACAUCGAGGAGCUACCUGCGCUGGUGACGAUAGCUUGCGAUGCGGUGCUCAACUCACCGUCGGCCUACAAGAAGCAGGAGCCAGAUUCCUGGGAGGAGGAUAUCCAGGAGUCCCGGCACUCCAGAAGCCUCAGACAGCAGGACAAUGGGGUCAGGAUCAGGCCUAGCGGCUGGAAGUGUCAGAAGUGUGAGAUGAGGGAGAACCUGUGGCUGAACCUCACCGACGGAGCGGUGCUCUGUGGGAAGUGGUUCUUCGACGGCGCCGGGGGCAACGGCCACGCCCUGGACCACUACAAGGACACCAACUUCCCCCUGGCGGUCAAACUGGAGACCAUCACCCCGGACGGAGCAGACGUGUACUCAUUCGAGGAGGAAGAGGCUGUGCUCGACCCUAACAUCUCAGAACACUUGUCACACUUUGGAAUAGACAUGCUACAGAUGCAGCAAAGGCAGACGGAGAACGGUCACGACACAGACAACAACAACAGCCCGCCGCGGUCGCGGCCGAGCGAGUGGGAGGUGAUCCAGGAGUCGGGCUCCAAGCUGAAGUCGGUGUACGGCUCGGGUUACACGGGGGUCAAGAACCUGGGCAACAGCUGCUACCUGGGCUGCGUCAUGCAGGUGCUCUUCAGCAUCCCCGAGUUCCAGAGGAUGUAUGUUGGCAACCUCCAGAGGAUAUACGACUACUCACCACUGGACCCCUCUCAGGACUUUGCCACACAAAUGGCUAAACUGGGCUACGGACUGCUCUCAGGCCAGUUCUCCAAGCCACCAAUGAAAUCUGAGCUCAUUGAACAGGUGAUGAAAGAAGAAUACAAGGUAUUAGACUGGCACCAGCAGAAGGGCCUCUCUCCCAAGAUGUUCAAGGCCCUGGUCAGCAAGGGCCACCCCGAGUUCUCCUCCAGCCGGCAGCAGGACGCCCAGGAGUUCCUCCAGCACGUCAUCACCUUGGUGGAGAGGAACAGCGGCGGCUCGGAGAACCCGAGCGACGUCUUCCGCUUCCUGACGGAGGAGCGUGUGCAGUGCUGCCAGACGCGCCGCGUGCGCUACAACCAGCGGGUGGACUACCUCAUGCAGCUGCCCGUGCCCAUCGAAGCAGCCACCAACCGGGAGGAGCUCCUGGCCUACGAGGCCAAGCGCAGGGAGGCGGAGGAGAACCAGCGGGCCCCCCCGGAGCCGGCGCGAGCCCGGGUCCCCUUCGCCGCCUGCCUGCAGGCCUUCACGGAGCCCGACAACGUCCCCGACUUCUGGAGCUCAGCGCUGCAAGCCAAGUCUGCCGGGGUCAAGACUUCCCGUUUCUCCUCCUUCCCAGAAUACCUGAUAUUGCAGAUAAAGAAGUUCACAUUUGGCGUGGACUGGAUUCCAAAGAAACUGGACGUGUCCAUCGACGUGCCAGACUUCCUGGACCUGAACCGGUUUCGAGCCACGGGGCUCCAGGCGGGAGAAGAGGAGCUACCGAACCUGAGCCCACCCAUCGUACUGCCAGAGGACACCAGAGACAACUCCAUGAGUUCCCUGGACUCCCCAGAGAUCGACGAGGCUGCAGUAAUGCAACUGGCCGAGAUGGGCUUCCCACUGGAGGCCUGCCGGAAGGCGGUGUACUACACGGGCAACAUGGGGCCAGAGAUGGCCUUCAACUGGAUCAUAGCCCACAUGGAGGAACCUGACUUUGCGGAGCCGCUGAGCCUCCCGCCCUCCACGAUAGAGCUGCUCCCCUCCUCCGCCAGCGAGACCGAUCCCUUCGCCGCCGCCGCCGCCGCCACCGCCACCCCGUUGGACAACUCGCCCCCGGAGGAGAGCGUCGCCAUCCUCACCUCCAUGGGCUUCCCCCGCAGCCACACCAUCCAGGCCCUCCGAGCCACGAACAACAACCUCGAGCGAGCGCUGGACUGGAUCUUCACGCACCCGGAGGAGGAGCAGCAGAGCGACGCGCUGUCAGACAUGGCCGACACCGAGCCCACCAACCAGGCCUUCUCAUUGCCCAACUCCCACAGCGACCCCACCCUGUCUCCGGACCCCGAGGCGGACGCGGCCGGGCCCCGCGUCAAGGACGGACCGGGACGUUACGAGCUCUUGGCCUUCAUCAGCCACAUGGGGGCGUCCACAAUGUCCGGUCACUACGUGUGUCACAUCAAGAAGGAGGGAAGGUGGGUGAUCUACAACGAUCACAAAGUGUCUUUGUCGGAACGCCCUCCCAAAGACUUGGGCUACAUAUACUUUUACCGGCGCUUGUCCAGCAGCUAGAAGAGAAAUCACCAGAACCAGUCUCUCAGCCACCCCAAGUCUGCCAGAGCCCCCCGCCCCCACCCCCCUGGAGAGCAGCAACCCUAACCCUAAGGACACCCUGUGGAGAGAAGGCCCCCGAAGCAGAACCACCAUCGCCAUCCCCACCACCACCCUUCCACAGCCCCAGUGUGUGAUCCACCAUGGUGGAAGGCCUCUGCCCUUAACACCAGCCAACACGUUGGCUGCUGCUCCCCACAGCCCGAAACCACUGGAGAAAACACGGAGAAAGCGUUCAAAAACCUGCUGCGGACGGGAAGUAAAAGCAAACACGCUUUUUUGGUUUUUAGUGUAGUUGUCGUCGUUUUUAUGUCCUGCUUUAAAUGGAUGCUUUUGCUUUAGGUGCUUUCCUUCUCAAACUGUGUAGGUGGGAAAAAGAAAAAAAGGGAUGUGUGCAAUUUUUCGGUUAUUUGUGUGUGGUUUACACACACUGAAACAUAUCCAAUCCGACCCUUCACUCGCUAUGCCUUCAGUCCCCGUAGCGGGAUUAUAAAAAAAACAAAUCGAGUUACACUUGAUGUAAUGCUUCACUGCCAACCCACAGAGGCUAAACAAAAUGGCAGCCUUUAGCAACCAAACACUACAGUAUAGUCAAUUACCGUAUUCUUUUUUCUUUUUGCCCUAUGGCAUCAAAAAAACACUGCAACAACAACAUGAUUUAUUCAAUAUCCGUGCCGACAAAAUCCAGUGCAGAAGUGAGGCGACGGCAGAAUGCUGACUGUGCAUGGGUCCGACAGUUGCAUAAAAGCCGGUGAAAAGGUCAUCCCUGCACCGGAGGCGGGAAUGGUUACGGGUGUUAAAGUCUUGUCCGGACAACGUUCACCUUCAAAUAACAGGAUUAAAAUGAGGUAAAUCAAUCAAACCGUCAUAAUUAGAAUAAGUAGAUCGGAUGCAACUGAUCUGCAAAGGAUGAUUUACACAUGUUUGUAUUUUUCUUAUGCACUUGAUGCAUUACAGCCCAACCGAUUUCACAAAUUACAACUGUAGUUACUACAGGUGAUAUUCCCAGCGUUUGGCUAAAUUAGCUACCGUAUAUAUAACGCCUCUUCGACUCGUAAUCAACCCUAUGCAAUAUGCAGUGAGAUCCGUCUCUCAGCAUCUCGAGUGUGUCUAAUCACCCCCGGUGUAAAUAAUUAAAGAGCUGCGUGUGUCUCGCUGAAACAGCGCCGUUCCCCUCAAAGACACAAGAAACGAGAAACAACCACGGUGCUGCUCCACCUCAGUGAUCUGAUGUCAACCACGGAAACCCUGCCUCCUCCCGGGUUCCCUCCGCUGAAAUGUGCUCACCUCUUACGUGUCCCUCCUCCGAACCAAACGUGUUUUCCGCUCGCUGGCCAUGCUCUGCAGGAGAGCGGACAAAUCCUCCUGUGAGUUUUGUUUGCCAACCAAUUGUUCAGUCCUUUUUUUGUCUCAUCAGCUUUUCUUCUUAAGAUUGCUUAUCACUCACCGGUAUCAACUACAACCAUCACUGACCGUAACUGAACUAAAGCAACGCAAAAAUGCAUCCAAAAACCAUAACUGUCUGUAAAUAUUGGAAUAGUGUUUUAUUCUAUCUAUUUUGACAUUUAUUCACUCCUAGUGGUUAACCCGUCUUUAAGGGGGGAAGGCAUGCAUUUAAGUUGCUGUUUCGGGAGACUCAUUUGCCGGAAUGAUUGUCCCCGUGUGAACAUGAAACACCUGGAGUUAUCCAGGAGCAACCAAUUAGUGCACGCAGGCAGCGGUGCGCUCAGGCUCCCGUCUCAAAACCACUCAGGUCAUGGAGUUUGGUAAUGUCAUUAAUUUUCUUCUUUCGCUGGGAAAAUACCUUUAUGUCGUGAAAGAACAACUGCAUAAGGUUUGUUCUAUAAAAUGUUCUAUUGUUUCCUGCACACUGUUAACACCUCUCUGAUGAAUGCUUAGUAUAUGAGUCGGAGUACAUCGUCACUACUCUUCGUCACCGAGUUAUACUUAAUGAGUACUCCGGUAGCCUACCGUGCAUACUUUUUUACAGUGUGGAGUUCAAACGGUCUCCCUCUCUCUAUGCAAGUCCCACGUAAAUCUGCACCCACAGAAACGGAAGUAAUAGAAUGCACAUUAUGUUCCGAGGGUGUUUCAAAAUCAACGUGCUAAAUUAUGUUAUCAGCUUAGGGCUUCCCUCUUCGUUUCAAUGCACCUUCUGUUCUCUCUAGGCCUAGUUCCUGUGCUUGGCUACUGUGUUUAUUAUGCUAACACUCAUAAAGUAUAAAUAUCCAUUUUCUUGUUUCGGCUUCCCCUCAGCCUCAGGUUUUUUUUUUACUGAACUCCUCUUUGUCUCUCGGGUUGUGAAGGGUAAAUCACUUUCCUUUUCGGUCACCAAACUCGCCUUUUGUACCGACGGCUUGUGCACUAAAUGUAGACAUUUAGUAAUUUGGAUUGUACAACUGUACCUUGUGGGAGUUGAUUAGACUUUUUCAUUAAACAAAGUUUCAAAAUGGUACUAUUGUCAUUUAUUUUUUGUUGAAGCCAUGUCUGAAGUUUUGACUACAUAAAAUCCCUGAAUUGGCGAUUUUAGUUUACUUUUUUUUAUGUUUUCAUCUAAAUAUUGCUGUUGAUACAGUAUUUCACUAGUGCAGGUGAAUACUGCUGUCAUGACAGUAUGUACUAUGCCUUGUAAUACUGCAUACCUGCAAUGUUUGGAUGGUUCAAUAAACACAAAUGUUAUUGA